AUGUCGGAGUCUUCAGCGACGCCACUCUCAACCUCCCACUCUGCUGCGUCGCUCAUCCCCGCUUGGCCGCAACUGCCUGGACCCGCGUACGCACUAGCUCCUAUCUCUGCUUCUUCCAGCUCUCGGACCAGCUCGAUCCGCUCCGCUGCCAGCGUAUCGUUGCGCUCUCCCAGCUACGAGAGAUCUGAACUUUACCCAUCCUCUCAAUCACCGCGCGCGAACAUGCUACAGGUGCAGUCACCGCCGAGCGCCUCAACGAUGCACGAGACCGAGUUGUAUCGCACUCGUCAGGCACUGCAGUCGCAGUUCGCUCAGCGAGAGCAGCCGCCAUCGUCGAGAUAUUCCACAUCUCACCCGUCGCGCAGCAAUACGAGCAGCUCGCAUGUCCACACUUCCGAUGCACACUCCAAUUCCCAGUCUUCGCCGAAAGAAGCACAGCACAAGGUGUAUCUGCUUAACUGCAAGCACUGCGGCAACUUUCUCAGUGAUCGCGGCAUGAAGGCUGUGCUUCUGCUCAAGCCUAACAUCACUCUGUACAGCACCGACAUCGUUCCCUCAACCUGCGGACCGUUCUUUGGUGGAUCAUCUUUCCACGGAGGCAUCGAUUCGAAUGAAGCGCCAGUGGAACGAACCUGCCAAUGCUUGACGCAGAGCCUGGGUUGCUACGGCUGCGGUGCGCAAGUGGGUUACAACAUUAUUUCGCCAUGUGCACGCUGCACGAGCAGCGUAAUGAAGCACUCGCGGAGCUCCAACGGCCAUCGUACUGUGCUGCACUGCUCUGAAAUCUCGGUUCGUGAGCGUCGCUACAUUCCUGGAGAGCCCGGUGUUCGUGCUCAGCCUACACCAUCUUCUUGCCAGGUGAUCGCGAGCCCGGCACAGGCGUAUGCGGAAGCGUUAUAUAACGAGCAACUGAGCCAAACUUCGCAAUCGGAUUUGUUCCGCCACAGCAAUGUAUCUCGUCGCGACGUUUACCGGCUGCAAUAUGGGCUUGACGAAGACGAGCUUGAGGCUGAAAAAGCCGCCGAUGUCAACUCUGCAUUCUACUUCGAGCAUUCGCAGCAGCAUCGGGACACUCGUUCUUCUGGCUACUUGCCUGGGCGCGACUCAAAUGCGGCAGCUUCCAGCGGUAUCAGGUUAUCCGCUUCUUCCCCGUCGUCUUUGUCCUCCAAGAUGGGACGCGUGCUUCAAAGAGGCGACACGCUGUACUGGUGUGACUUGAUCGCUGGCGGCGAGCGGGCUCAGCCGUUUGAUCCAGAUCCGAUCCUUGAAAGGCCCAUCGUCGGACGAUAG